CAUUUUACCUGAGGUGAAAUGUGGGAAAACAUGGCAUUGGUCAAAACGGGAUAAUUUAAUUAUUUGGAUUUAAUCACCUUGAUGGAUAGGAUUUCAUUUCCAGGGAUAUACUUUGAAUAAGUGUCAAGGAAUAUGUAGUUGAUAUGUGCUUCAGUUAAAACUCCAAAGUUUUGAAUUAAAAGUUCAUUUAAAAAAGGAAUGUCUUCUGCAUUGUUUGAUAUUGAACAAAUAAUGCAAGACCAGGCAGGCUUAUAAAUAGAAUGGCUGCCGGAGUUAAUUUUAUGGAGACACCCCUUGUGUUGUGGGUGGAGACAUUCAGUAAUGGUCGUACCUUGGAGUUCAAAGACCUGUGUGACGGGGUGUUUUUAAACGAUGUCAUGCUGCAAAUUGACCCCCGCCCUAUUAACUACCAGAAUGUCAACAGAGCAGUAGAAGAUGUCAACAUCCAGCUUCACAACUGGGAGAUUCUCAUCAGAAAUGUCAGGGCCUACUAUGUGGACGUCCUUCAACAGCUGCUCAUUCUGAAGCUUCCUAACUACCAGACAAUAUGUAGGGAACCAGAUAAAGACAUUAGCCUGAGUGAGAUGAGGAAGACCCUGCUCCUGAUCCUGGGGUGUGCUGUCCAGUGUGAGAGGAAGGAGUACUUCAUUGACAAAAUUAAACAACUGGACGUGGAUGUUCAGACCGCCAUUGUGGAGCACAUAAAAGAGAUCACAGAUGACUCGGAAUCCAUUCUCCCGAUUGAACCAAUGGAACAGCUGGAGACAUACGCAGAGAAAAUGUUCAAACAUCUUACAAGGGUUAUCAAAGAAAGAGAUGACUUUUCAGAGGUAUCUGUGGAGCUGGCCCAAGAGCGAGAUUUCUUCCAGACCCAGCUACAGUGCAGUAUCCAGGGUACUACGGUCCCCGUCACUCCCCCCGCGAGCCCCGAGAAACAUCACCUGGUGGUAGAACUGGCAGACAGUAAAGCGAAGGUCCGCAGACUUAGACAGGACCUUGAGGAUAAACAGGAGAUUUUGUCAGACAUGAGGGACGAGCUGGAGGAGAACAAAUCACUGGUGGCCAGACUCAGAAAUGAGAAUUCAGAAUUGAUUCAGGAUGCUAGAGCAGCACGGUCACUGAGGGAUGAGUUGGACGUUUUACGAGAAAAAUUAGGAAAAGCAGAUAGCUUCCAAAAUGAAAUUCUAAAGUACAAAGAGAAGCUGAAUGAAUUAGAAUUCUACAAAACCAGGGUGGAUGAGUUGAGAGAAGAUAACACGAUUCUGAUUGAGACUAAGAACCUGCUGGAGGAACAGUUGUCUAACUGUCACAAGAGAGUGGAGACGGUGGUGGAGCUAGAGAAUGAACUCAGGAAAAAACGACAGAUGGUUGAGGAAAUGGCACUGGAGAGAGAUUCAGACAGAGAGAAGCUAAGAAUUCUGACAGAGGAGAAUGCACAACUCCAGUACGAGAAGAAGUCCAGUCUUAAUGAGAGUACCAACCUUGAGAAAGAGCUCGACUCAGCCAGGCUUAGAAUCAUGGGAGCAGGAGGGAGUUUAUCCGACCAACUGACUGAAACCACAAAUGCCAAAAUCCUCAGGUUAGAAUUGGAAAACCAGCGACUGAACCAGAAACUAGAGGAGGCCAGAGAAAAGAUGUUGAUAGAAAAUGCCGAGAGGAACCUGGAGCUGGAGAAAGAGAACCAGAGGCUGGCCAAAAAAGUGGAAAAAUUGUUAGAGAGUGGUCAAGAGACCUCACAAAACUGUCUAGAACUGGAGCAGGAGAUGGAACAGCUUCAGAUUGAGAAGGAAAACCUGCUACAGACAUUAGAGACUGUGAAGGAAAACUCCGAGAGACAGGUGAAGGAGUUAGAGAGAGAGAAAGAACAACUGUCACACACUGUGGAGGUGGUACGAGCCCGCAGUGAGCAGACCAACGACGCCAGGCUCAAAGAUCUAGAGAGAGAAAACAAACGAAUGUCACAUUCCGUGUCUCAGAAAGAUCAACAACUGUCAAAGUUAGAGUUCGAGAACAGACAGUUACAGAAAUCGUAUAAUUCUUUAAAGCAUAAUUGUGAUAGGAUUUCAGGGUUGGAGAAUGAAAAUGCCAACCUAGAAAAGGAAAAUAAUGAAAUGCAUAAAAUGAUAUCAACUUUGAAAUUAACUUGUGAUAAAUAUGAGACUUUGGAACAGGAGAAUUCUGACUUAGAUGUAGAGAACAGGAAACUACAAAAAUCAGUGAAAAGUUUAAAUGAUCAGUUACAGAAAAAGGAAAUUCUAGAACAGGAUGUGAUUAAUUUAAGAGUAGAAAAUCAGAAACUUCAAAGGUCUCUAGAUGCAUUAAAAAACUCUUCACAGAGAAUUGCAGAAGUAGAGAAUGAAAAAGAUUCACUUAAUAGGGAGCUUCAGCACUUAAAGAAGACGCUAGAAGUUCAGAAAAAUCUCCGCACCAAGCAAGAACAAAUGGAGCUAGAUUUAUUGGACUUGGACAAUGAGAAUCAGAGAGUUCAGAAAUCACUGGAAAUAACAACCAAACGAGUACAACAGCUGGAAAAAGACAACUCGGAUCUAGAAAUGGAGAAUGAAAAACUUCAAAAAACAAUAGAGAAGAUGAAAAUUUCUAACAAAAGGUUACAUGAGACUGAAAAACAAGUGUCGGAAUUAGAGGAGGAAGUGAGGAAAAUAAACAAAGAGAAAUCAGCGCUGGAGAAGGAGAAUAAACGUGUGAAACAAACCCUAGAUCUAAAGGAAUCUGCAUUCGAUGAUAUUAGUGCUAAACACAGUGCUUUAAAUAGAGAACUUAAAAGUCUAAAGAAAUCCGUAGAAUCUCAAAAAGACACAACAACACAUGUCCGUGAGCUGGAGAAAGAAAACAGGGAAGUCAAGCAACAGUGUGCUAUGCAUCAGAGAACAGUAGCCACACUGAGGGAGGACUUGGUAAACGAGAAGAUUAAGAGUCAGAACCUGACUAAUGACUUUGACAAACUAACGCAGGAACUGGAGAAGGUGGGCAUUAACAAGGAGAAAUUAGUGAUGACAGAUCAUAGACAAGACGAAAAUCGCUACAAAGCCCUGGAGAGCAUGAUGGAGGAGGCUCUUAAGAAGAGCAUGGAAAUCAAAGAAGAAAAGAUACAUGCUUUAGAAAGCAGACUUGAGGAGUCUAAAAAUCGUAACCUGAAGCUUCAAGAGGAGUUGAGGAUCCUAAAGCGUGAGUGUGAGUCUCUGAAGCAGAGGUAUGAGGAGGAAUCUCAUGGCAGGGAUACAGAAAGGAGAGAGACAGCAGGGUUAUUGAGGGGGCCACCAACCUACGUCCGCUCCAACAGUCAGAGCACCACCAAAGAAAUCCUAGAACUCAAGGACCACCUUGUUCAAGUAGAGAGAACAAAUGCAACAAUGAUGGCAGAGAACAAGAACAUGAAAUCUCAGACAAAUGCUUUGAAUGAACAAAUUAAGAAACUAGAGAAUCAGAAUGUUAGACUCCAGUCUGAGAAUUCAUCCCUACAGCACCAGGGUCAUUCCAUGCAGUCAGACAAUGCCAAACUUCAGGUGGAGAACUCCACUCUCAAGUCCCACUGUUCAUCCUUACAGAACCAGAUCUCCUCUCUACAGAGUCACAUGAACCAGCUAGAGACUGAACACCAGCACCUGAUCCAGACUCACGAGGAGCUACAGUCCUCACAUGAGGAGCUGGUUCAGGAUCACGAGGAGUUACAGAGAAUUCAUGAACAAUUGACCUCAGAAUAUGAGGGUUUAAUUUCUGAGCAUGGUUCACUGAAAUCGGUUCAUAAGGCCAUAAAAAAUGAAAAUAAAGAACUUCAUGAACAGCUGAGUCGCAGUGUUCAGGGCAAAGAUCAGUUGAACCAGAUGCAGCUGGAGCUGAAGUCGAUGAGAAAGUUACAGGAGGAGAACGCAUUACUGAGGGAUGAACACGAGAGAAUGGCUGGUCAGUACGAGAAGUUACGGACAGACUACAGAGAUCUACUGGCCGAUCACAAGAAAGUAAAGAAUGAGUUAAAUCAGGCCCAGCUGAGAAACACAGACCUCCAGGGGCAGUGUGGGGAGAUGAAGGAUCAACUUCAUACCAUGGAACUGGAGAUCAGUGGACUCGGACACAAAUAUGAUACCCUGUACCAAGUAAACCAAAAGAUGGAAGAAGACAACAAAAACUUGUUGAUGCAGAUUCAGACCCUGCUGAAUUCAAACCAGGAUCUUUUGUCCCAGAUACUCGACAGCAAAGAACAUUUCAAUGAAGAGGAAAAAUCCUAUUUAGAGAAGAUGAAUGAUUUAAAGAGACAGAAGGAGAGAUUGGAGGAAAAGAUUAUGGAGCAUUACAAGAGACAAGACAACCAGAAAAAGAACAGGGGUUUAGGAGCCCGAAUAGCAAGAAAGGCAGCUAGAAUUUUUGCCACCAAACACCCCAGAAGUAAAAGCAGAACUAACUUAGCAGAGACAACUGGAGAUAACUCACUGCUAGGGGAUACAACUGAUGGUAGAUCAGAGCUGCGAUCAAGUCGCCCAGUUAGUAUGUGGAACAUAACUGAUGAGCCAUCACUAGCAAAACAAAACACCAGUCUGGCCAAAUCAGCUGGUACCCUCAAUCAGUCUGAUAAAAUCACAGAGUCCUACUCCUCCAGAGGAGCCAAAUCGGCCGAGGACCUAUUAGCAGACUCCACGCGAAGUAACCAUGACAAAGAGUCAUUUUCCUCUAGUAAUUCUACCAAUUUGUUGCCAGGCCUGGGACAUCCAGCGGUACUGGGAGAUGAUGAUGAUGAUGAUGGUGGCUUUGGGUCUGUGGUACAACCAAAUGAAAUGAUGACUCUGGAAGAAUUCCUCAAUGAGGCCAACAAAGGGUCACCCAAGACAGGAAAAUCAGCAGAAUCCAGAAGCCAGGAAGACACAGAAUCUAAGAGCAGUGAGAAUUCCGACAACAGUGGAAAGAGGAACUUCAGGAAGCGGCAGGCCCCCGCUCCACCACUGCAGUUAUCCACUCCUCCACAAAGUGGAUCUAACCCUCGCAUAUUUUCAUCCAUACCUGACGUGGCAGCAGUGUCAUCUCACCUUGACCUCUCCAGAAUGUCAAGGAUAUCCGGUGGCAGCAGUGGAAGUGGUCAUGACAGUCGUCCAGACGAACAUUCCACACCCCCUCACAGCAUCAGGGGUCACCCUGAAACCUCCACCCCUGCUGUUUCAUCUGCAAGUAACAGACUAAAUAAUGGAUCAUUUGAGGAUCUGAAUCAGUGCUCUCCUCUAACGGGAGAUCCCCGUCGCUUCACUGCCAGCUCUACUCCUUCAUCUGCUUCCCGUACUCUUCAGUAUUCAUUUGGAAAUUCACCCCAGGCACAGAGUCAUUCUGUCCAAUCCCCCCAGUCUAGAGAAUUACCUCCUACCCCUGCUAACACAUCAGACAGAAUAACAGCAUCAGAUAGACUUGAUAGACUUGUGUCUAGCAACCUUCAAUCAUCUAGUCCUCAAAAUAACUAUGACCCAUCUGUAAGGUCAGGGAGUGGACAAGAUAGAAGUGGUCAGAAUUUAUCUGACAAACCCCCUCUAGCAAGAGGGUUCACACCCCAAGGCCCUCAUAACCGGCCUCAAAACUUUCACAAUUCAGGUAAACUUGGGCCAUCCCCUAACACCCAGUACCGCCCCCAGCAAAAUUCAUACUCCUCAUACCCAGGACCAACACAAAAUGGACCUUACCAAUCCUCACCAGGGUACAGUGAAACUGUGAAAAAUCCAUCAAACAGUGAAAGCAAUAGAAGACUGAGCAUGCACGAAGCAAGUUCUCAGCAGAAUAUUUAUUCUAGCAUUGACGAUACGAGGUCUAGAGGAUACAGUUCUUCUCAGACCAACCUCAAUAACAGUGGAAACCUCAACAACCAUAACAGUGCAAACAUAACAAAUGGACCAUUUAGGAACCCUUCAAGUGAAGAGAGCCAUUAUGCCAGAAUUCAAAGAAUUGAGAGACCAAAAUCUGUCCCACCAGGUGUUGUGAACCAGCAAUCACCCACAAAGAAUACUUCUGACAAUAUGUAUUCUCAGCCCAAUAAAACACCUCCCGUCCCCCCACCGAGACGGCUCAAGGACAGUACUACAGCCACUAGGUUACUACGGGAACCAUCGCAAGGUCACAUGUCAUCACAAGGUCGUCACAUCAUCGCCAGCAGGAACUCCACUCCUCCUAGUGGUAACUCGAGGCAGCUACCACAAGGAGGAAUAACUCGCUCUCAUACUUCAAUGGGUGUCAGAAUUGGACCCCCUGCUAAACAGGUCAACACCCCACCACCCCCCAAGGUCAUGAACAACGAACCCAAAGAUCCAAAGGAGAAGAAUUCAGUAUGCAGGGGAACAAGGUGUUAAUGCAUGUGUCAUCACAGGAACUGGUAUAGAUUGUCUCCCUUUGAAGGAGUGGCAUUAAGUUCGAAUCACACAUCAUUUAUUUAUUGUUUGCAUGCUUCACAGUAGUUAUCAUGUCUCUAGCUUGCACUGCUUCAGUAUUAUCUUUGACAUUUAUCUACAAAACAAAAAAAAAAUUAAAAAAUCAGAGUUGACUAUUCUUUCAGCACCUGAAAAGUUUGAUAGACAAUUCACUCUCAAUAUUUUAUUUUUCUGUCUUUUUUCCUUUUUCUGUUUUUAACCCAGUAUAAAUUAAAAUGCUCAGGUGCUAGAUGUUAAUUGUUUUGACCUUGUUAAUCCUCACUUGUAGAAUUCUGACCAUAAUCUUGGUGACAUUAAUGUAGCCACACUGCAGUAUUAUACAGACAACUGCUUUGGUAACUAAUUUACAUUUCAAGGGAAGUUUGAGUAAUUAGUGAAGUGUGUAGUAUGGCUGCUAAUAUUCUUGCAUGAAGCAUGGUAACAGUUUCUUGUUUACCAUUUUAAGUUUACAAAUUUACAUAUAACUUACUAUAUGAAUGAUUUUCAUUGUACACAGUGUAUUUUACCUUCCUGUUAUUUCCAGUGUUCUCCAAUGUUGUACAAGCUUUAAUUAUUGCUGGUACAUUUAUGUGCAUAGGUAUUUAAGAAAAGAAUAAUUGAUUUGGAUACAGAUUAUUAUAUCAAUGGCUUUACUAUGAUUAUUAAUGUGAUAGUAUCAAAUGUACUUAAUCUUAUAUUCUUAACUUGCUGUACAAUGAAAUUUUCAGUGGAUAUUAGUACUUAUAAAAUGGCUCCGUAUUCUCCGUCUUGUUUCUAAGUCAAACCUCACCAUUUCCUCUUGAGCUCAAUGCACUAUAUACAAAAUACACAUAUUCUGAUUACCGGUAGUACUUAUAAAUAGCCUUGCUCCCUGUCCUGUUUAUAAGUCAUAGCGCACCAUUUCCUCUUGAGCUCAAUGCACUAUACAAAAAAAAAAAAACCCACCCAUAUUCUCCUAUGCUCUGCAACAUAGAACUCAAUAUUGCACAAAAGUACUUACAAGCUUAUAUACACUGUACACCUACACUUGUACCCAAGUCUCAGGCAAUUUUAAUCCUGAUUGUGUAUUGAAUUUGUUAGACUAUAAUAUUGUUGCCUGUGUACUCUAUCAGAGUUAUGUUUCUUUCUUUUAGGAAAUUUUACAUUCCAACUUUGAUAUGUGAUAACCGUACAGGGUUGUGAUAAAACUUCAUAUACACAAGCAUUGCUA